AUGCAAACCGAUAAGACGUCAACCAUGUACAUACGUCGUACCUCAACCCAAGCCAAGUUACCAGACGCACGUCCAGGUCAGCGCUAUGGACUAACAUUUGCCAUAACCUUGUCAGGCAAAACGCCAGGAUGUCACGUCAACCGGCAAUCUUCGUUCAGUCUAAUGCAUGAUCCUUCGGAUGCAGCAGGCGGUGAAGAAGCUCGCCAUACCAAGCCUGAAUACGUCUUCCAAAUACCUGCGCACUUGCGCGCAUUUCCUGCCCUUCACCGUCGGCUAUAA